AAAAAAAAAAAAAAAAAAAAGAAAAGAGAGAUAAGGAUGGCAUUUCAAUAUUUGAACCAAAUCUAUGCCUUACCUACUUUACCCAAACAAUCAUCCCUUAGAAUCACUCCAAGAAUCAAAUAACAAAUAACCCUUAUUAAAAUUAUUAAUUUUCCUCUCUUUUUAUGGAAAAUCUAAACCCCAAAACCAGAAAUUUAGAACUUUACACAAGUCUAGGAUUAUAUGAUGCAUCAGAAAAACCCCCGAAAAUAGUGUCAAUCAUAGGCUCAAUUCUUGAAAGAAACAUUCAAAAGAAUGAGAAAUUGUUGAAGAAAUGGAGAAGUAAAGAUAGGGUGACAAUAUUUCAUGGUUCGAGAGCUCCUACGAUGGACAUUCCACAAUACUUGGAGCGUAUAUACAAGUAUUCCAAAUGCAGUUCUUCUUGUUUUGUUGUAGCUUAUAUAUACUUGGAUAGGUUUAUUCAAGCUACUAAUUGUUAUCUUACUUCUCUCAAUGCUCAUCGUCUCCUCAUUGCUUCUGUUCUUGUGGCUACCAAGUUUAUUGAAGAUGUGGGUUACAACAACGCACAUUUUGCCAAAAUAGGGGGCGUAAACAUAGCAGAAAUGAACAAGUUAGAGUUAAAGCUUUUAUGCAGCCUCAGCUACAGGCUUCAUGUCACAGUCGAGACGUUCGAUCAAUAUUGUCUAGAGUUGAACAGGACAAAUAUUGCUGGUUCUGGUUCUGGUAGCGAGAGAAGGAACUGCCAAAUUGAGCGAGCGACUCAAGUCUGUAGUCUCAGAGGUAGCUGGCUCAAGAAGAAUGAGUCUAAAUGCAAUCCUAAAUUUGUUGGGUAUACUUGUGGAGCCUUAUAACUGGCUACUACCAUAUUUACUCUUGUAAUGUCCCAAAAAGUACGGGAUAUGCGACAUACAAAAGAGGAUAUAAAGAGUUAAUGAUUUUUAAUUUCCACUCAUAAACAAACGUUUAUAUAUAUUUUCUAUAUACUUGAAUCACAAAUUCUUUCAAGAGACGGUUUCUUUAAGAGACCACCUUUAAUUGGAUCAGUCCUACAGAAAAUUAUAGUGUAAAAAUAGGAAUUAAAUUUUAAUAAACUGAGUCUGAGAGACGAUCUCUCAGGAGACCAACUGUGCUUGAAUUCCAAGGCCAAGACAUAUCGUAAAAAUAAAAUCAUAAAUAUAGAUGUGAGUGUGGCCAGUAAAUUACGUGAUACUUUACCCUCCACCCAAACAAAAAUAGACACAAUGACAAGAUGAGAAAAACAUUUUUGUUAUGCUACAAGCCUACAACUGUUUUUUACUCGUCAUUAAAUAGCUCUCAAUUAGACUAAAGUUUGAAGGGGUCAAAUAUAUACAACCUCAGCCUCAUCAGUAAUAACUAAUAAUAAAGAAAUUAUUUCCGAUUAACCCAAAAUUGAAAACAUUAUCUCAACAUUAAUAAGAAGUUUUCUUGAUUUAAUGAGAUGUUUUUGGUAUGGUGGAGCCUUAUCGGUGAAUUGAUGGUUAAAAGCUUUAACCAAUGUUACUUGCUUGUUAAGUAUCAUUUUAAUGCUUUUAAUUUUACUACAUUUUAAGUUUUAAUUUUACUUUUCAUAUAUUAUCGUAUUUUCAUACACAAAGUCAUUUUGCUCUUUAUUACAUUAACAUUUUUCUUUCAAUCACUUACGAAGUUU